CGACAGUGUCAUGGCUAGCAAAUUGCAAAAUACAACAAGUCUAACGGUCCGAGUAUUACAAGAAAUCACGGAUAAUUUCUCUGAGAAGAGAAAAAUUGGUCAAGGUGCAUAUGGAAAGGUCUAUCUGGCAGAGCUUGAAAAUGGAGAAGAAAUUGCUGUGAAGGUCCUUUACAAUAACAUGCCAGAGAUUGAUGAUGUAAAAUUCCAACAUGAGUUCGAAAACCUUAUGAGGCUCGAGCAUCACAACAUUGUAAGGUUAGUUGCCUAUUGCUAUGAAACACAACAUCAACCUAUGCAGUAUAUGGGAAGAACAUUUUUUGCUGAAAGGACAUACAGAGCACUCUGCUUUGAGUAUAUGCAAAAUGGAAGCCUUGAAAAACACCUUUCUGAUGAAGGUGAUGGACUUGACUGGCAUACACGUUACAAAAUUAUCAAGGGGGUAUGGAAGGGUUUAAAGCACCUUCAUGAAGGAUUUGAUAAACCAAUUUACCAUUUAGACCUAAAGCCUGGUAAUAUGUUGUUAGACAAGAACAUGGUGCCAAAGCUUGCGGACUUUGGUUUGUCCAAGCUCUUCAGUGAUAAACAAACCAUGAUCACACAAACUCCUAUAGGAACAAUUGGAUACGUGCCGAUGGAAUUCUUACAUGGAAACAUAGUCUCAAACAAGUUUGACAUAUUCAGCUUGGGUGUCGUAAUGAUAAAAAUAAUUGCAGGCCAUGGAGGCCAUUCCAGAAGUGCCGAAAUGCCUCUUUGUGAGUUUUUUGAUUUGGUACAAGAAAAGUGGAGGGAGAGGAUGCUAGAAACAUGUCAAGCUUCGAGGCUACUGGAAGCAUACUGCAAACAAGUUAAUGUAUGCACUAAGAUUGCACUGAGUUGCGUGGAUAUUGAUAGACACAAAAGGCCAAAUAUAGCGGAUAUCAUCAAUCAAUUGAAUGACACCGAAGCUGCAGUUAACAUGGCGUUGUCAUUGAGCAUAAAAACAAGUAGGCCAUGAUUGUGGUCGUCAACAAGCUUGGUCCAAACUUCAUCGUUAAGCUCAAACUCGCCGAGGGCACGAGGAAGCUUGUCACCAUCGACGACCUGUACUGGAGCCUCAAUGUGAGCAAGCAUCUGCUGGCCGGCAUGACCGUAUUCGUCCUGAGCAUUGUUAAGCUCAAACUCGCCGAGGGCACCAGGAAGCUUGUCACCAUCGAUGGCCUGUACUGUGAGCAAGCAUCUGCUGGCCGGCAUGACCGUAUUUGUCCUAAGACCACAACCAGGUUGCUCUGUCAGGGCAAACCAGGACACAGACACACAUGAGGUGGACACACAAACACGAUGAAACCCUAAGAACUUCAAAGAACUCGGGGAAGGAGACACUCACACGAACACACUACAUUUUGCGACACAUAAACUUUGUGUAUUUUUCUCCUUUCUUCCUUUUAUUCAACUGAGUAAAAUAU